AUGUUAACAGAAGCAACACUUUUCCUGUUGGUCUUACCCACUAUUGUUAAUGGUAUUAAAUGCACAGAUUGUACACAAUCGAACAUAGCGUUCAUUAACGCAUCCGGACCAUUAUCCUCAACAUGUGAAAAUCGUAUCAUCUCAAAUGCUACUCAAUGUCAAGUUAUGUUUCAAAUGAACUAUCUAAUAAAACAAAUUUGGAUUCUUGAUUUUAGUUUACCCUACGAAGGCUUGCAUUCAUCACUCGUUAAUUACAAAAUAGAUCAAACCGUAGCUUUGGUAUCUUCUAAUAUGAAAUAUGUUGCUACAACGUAUAUUUGUAGUACAGAAGAUAAUUGCGCUGAAAAAUUUUAUUUUGAUAUUAUUGAAAAAUUAAUUCAGAAGGAAUCAAUCCUGGACGAAAUUCAAAGUGAAUUAUCAUUUGCUGCUAACACAAGUACUACUAGUCCAGUUCAUAAAUGUUAUGAUACUUGGACUAAUCAAACAGUGAACUGUAGUCUAUGCUAUGGAUCGUUACAGAUUAAAUAUGGGUCGAUUACAGAAGACCGACGCUGUGAUCCCAAAGACAGUGGUCCGAGUUUAGAAAGUAAAAUAAUACAAAAUAAUCCAUCAUUACCAUCUGAUGACCAAAAUGGUUUUUCUUAUCGCUGUAAUAACCAAAAUCUAUGCAAUACGAAAGAACAGCUAUAUAAAAUCAAAGAAUUAUCAAAUCAGUUUUAUACAUGGAUCUUGUUUAAUAUGACAACAACUGCCUCAACUACUUCGUCUACGACAACAACAAGUCUGUUAACAAGUUCUACGGUCGAUAGCAGGACUACAACAAAGAAUUUAAGUGCUCAAAUGUUUGCACUAGGUGAUCAACUUGUCAUUAUCACACUCUUAUGCUUUUCUCUCUUUCGUGGUUCAUUUUUCUUGUAAAAAGCACUCUUUCAUCUCCAAAUCAAGAUUGCUUUCUUCCUAAGAUACUACACGAUACAAUCUUUUCGCCAUGAGAGUUUAGAGACCACCUUAUUUUUCGCUAAAUGUUUGGUAAACGUAUGUUGCAGUCAUGAAUAAGGAUUAGACCUUGGUAAUUUCGGAUCUGUACCUUGUGUGUGAGGGCACGGUUGAGUGGAGCUCCGAGGAAUCAACCACUAAACCCUCCUCUGCCUUUAGCGUCUGAGCCAGCUGCGAAGCACUAUUCUGAUGCCACUUUCAUAAGUUACUCUAAUUUGCUGAUUGUUUCUGGACUCCCUUUUAGCGCGCAACGGUUAACUGAGAAGCGCAGAAGAUCAAGAAUCCUUGAUACCUCCUCACCCCGUAGAGAUUUCUGCGCAAUGAGGAGGAGAAACUUUCGGUAACACCGAGCGCCAACAUAGCUAACAAUUUUUAUGUUGUAAAAUAGUACAACAAUUAGUACAACAAAAUGCAUGCGCAUUACAAUGGUUUUCAUCACAUAGGAAAUUAGUUUAUCGACGAGAUUUCCAUUGAUACGCUGGAAAAAACUUUUUGUGUAUGAAAUUCGGAAUCAGCGCAAUCGAGUACAUAUUUUAUAUGUCUAAUGCAAAAAUAUUGCUUUGACAAUAUCGCUUUGAUGAAUAACAACUUUUACAAUUGCAGCAGCGAUUAUUCGGUAUUUAUGAAAGGAUUACGACGGAACAUUGUAAAGUUGCAAACAGGUUUUAUUGAAGUGAUACGCUCAGCACUUUUAUAUUCUAUAAAAUAAACCGAUAUUUUUGAUCUAUAAUCCAAUUUCCAUAUUUUUUCAUUUUUUUAUAUUCGGCGCGUAUACAUAUCACCAAAGUCCUUAUCACUGCGGCAGAACAUUUUGCAUUACCAGCGCUUUCUUCUCGUUAAAAACUUACUUUGCCCCGCUCAAUAUUGUUUCUACAACACCCAGAUCACCCAGAAAUAUAAACAAUCAAGGCCAAACAGCAGACAAAACGUUAACCCCAAGUUAUGCAAGCGACUUAUCUUUAACAUUAAAUCGAACAUAUAUAAGGCGCCGCUAAUUCAAAAGAAUUGCAAGUUCUUAUUUUUCACUUAAAACUAUAUCAUUCGAUACAAAAUUUCACGGUGAUUACGAAUAUCACCUUUUGAAUUGAUUUUGAUCCAGUUUUGGGG